CUUGAAAGUGUGAUCUGACGUUUGGUAAAGUGGGUGAAAGAGCACGAAGAGGACUGAAGUGAGGACAGACAGUGAAGAGGACUGAAGUGAAGAGGACUGAAGUGAGGACAGACAGUGAAGAGGACUGAAGUGAAGACUGAAGAGAAGAGGACUGAAGUGAGGACAGACAGUGAAGAGGACUGAAGUGAGGACAGACAGUGAAGAGGACUCUGACAGGCGUGUGCAGCGAUGGAGUUGAAUGUUGCUAAGAUGAUCAUUCCAGCAGGAGGUAUAAUGCUCCUCCCCUUCCUCACUUUAAUAACCUUCCUCUUCUGGCCAGGAGCGAUGCUGAAGGCCUACAACUGGUUUAUACGUCGCAGACUGGGGCUGGUGGUCAGCUACUCUUACAGUGGAAGUUACCGCUUCUGUUAUUCCAGCCGCGGUACGCCAGGGGGCGCCACACCAUCUCUGCUGAUGCUGCAUGGCUUCUCCGGCAACAAGGACAUGUGGCUGCCCUUCCUGAAGUUCUUCCCAAAAAAUUUGCAUAUAGUGUGUGUGGACAUGCCGGGACACGGGGGGACGAGUCGCACCAGCGUGGAGGACUACAGCAGCCAGGGCCAGGUCGCCCGAAUCCACCAGUUUGUGCAGAGUAUCGGUCUGGAUAAAAGACCCUUCCACCUGCUCGGCAUUUCGAUGGGGGGACAAGUUGCUGGUGUGUACGCUGCCUGUUACCCCGCCCACCUGUCCAGUGUCACCUUGAUGUGCCCGUCAGGUCUGGAUUCUCCAAAGGACUCUGAGUUCAUCACUCAUCUGAAGGAGCGGGAGGCGAAUCAGAAGGAGGACGGCAUCGCUCUGAUCCCCACCACCAUUCAGGAGGUGAAGAACCUGCUGCGAAUCUGCAUCCACGCCCCAGUCAACCUCCACCGACAGGUCCUCAAAGGUUUCCUGGACAACAGAAUCCCUGACAAUAGUUUCUUCAAAGAAGUGUUGACGGAGAUCUGUGGGGAGACGUCUCGUUACUCACUGCAGGAGAACAUGCAUCGGAUCACAGCGCCCCUGCAGGUCAUAUGGGGGAAGGAAGACCGGUUGCUGGAUGUGUCGGGGGCGGGGGUGCUGCAGGCGGCACAGCCGGGCUGUCGGGUGGAGCUGCUGGACGACUGUGGUCACACUCUGAUGCUGGAGCGGCCCAGGAAGUCUGCCAAGCUGGUCAUGGACUUCCUGCAUGAAGCCAACGGAGAAGACUCUAAAAAACGAUCCUGAAGAAAACUAUAGAACCGUUCCGAUGACCCCUGACCUCAUGAUGAAUGACAACGAUGAAGAUAGUGAUUGUAAAGAUGAAGAUUAGUGAUGGUGAUGAUUAGUGACGGAGGUAACGAUUGUGGUGGUGAUGCACUGGUAUAGUUUAUUGUAAGACUUUUCCAAGACGGCCUUUAGAUCUGUGAAACUAAACCAACGCACAAAAAAGCCACCGACUGAAGUCCUGAAGUGUUCAACCACUUUGGAUUUCACACAGCACCAGGAUGUUAUUUCUAAUUUAGAUUUAUAUGCUGAGUGAGAACAUUCCAUGUGAGGACGCUGCACAUUCCUCUUUCAUAAAACUGUAUUUCUGUCUCUUGUUUCACUGAGUGACAGAUGUCUGUCUGUGUCUCAAAUCUCCUGCUGCAUAUUUAAUCUCAUAAAAACACAUUAAGAUUGACAUUACGAAUGGUGAAUGGGAUUCACGAUUUAUGUGUAAUAUUUGAUAUUUACGUCAAUUUAUCAACGAUAAAAAUGUGAUAAUUAUUUAAGAAUUUUAGCACUUGUAAAAGGUUUCGCCAUGAAAAAUGAAAGAUAGUUCUCUGUGUGGCAACUGAGCCGUAAAGUUUCAUGAAGAAUUUCAAAGCUUGAAACAAAAUGUUUGCAUAUUCUUCCAUAAAUAUUUUGCACUGUACCUGCAGUAUGUUCAACAAAGAGAGUCGUGUAACUCCCAAUAAAAACAACCUUCUAACAAGAAA